GAACAGGAUUUCUGUUAGUUUUUGAUCAAGGAUGGUCAGUUUAUUAGCGAAGUUGAGAUACUUGUUCACUGUGACCUUAAAAUAUUUGAGUGGCUCCUGUUAUAUGCUCGAAAACGAAUUGAUCCUGAUGCGUAUAAGAAAUGCAUUUUAUCAACCUCUAAUGUCCUUGCACUAUUGGUCUCAUCAAACUUUCUUAAAAUGGAACAUCUGGUAAGGUAAACGGAAAUAUUCAAACAAGUACGUUAAAGACUUCUGAAUGUCUAGACUAUUUCUGUAAACAUGCUGGAACUAUUAUAGAAAGCCCUUUCUCAUUAGAUUGUUUGGGCGAUUGCUUGGUUGAACGGUAGUAAGAAUCGUAAUUAUCUGAAAUGCAUUCUAGCAUAGCCCUUGCAUUGAAUCUGGAAGAAUUGGAAAAGAUCAGGGAUAAGAAAGAUAAAAUAAAAAGCAAAAUAUUUUUUAAGAAAAUCGAACAUAUGUUUGAUUCUAAAUAUACUUCUCCAUAUUGUCCUAACAAUGCAGCAUAUUUAUUUCGAUGUCGAAAAUGUGAUAAAGUACUGACCAGAAAUAUUUCAAAUAUUAUUCCAUGUCUUCCAAAUCGUUUUAUAAUAACUCAACUUGGUAAUAUGAUACCUGUCCAUGACCCUAUGCCAGCAAAUGAACAUGAAUCAAUUUCAAUAAAUGAACCAUCUCAUCAGUGUGUCGAAAUUAAUAAUUCUUCACAAUAUUCACAUACGCUGUCGUCAUCAAAUACAUUAUCCAACUUACCUGGUCGAUCAGUAUCAACGCCAAAUAUCAGUGUGCAAAUGAUAACUCCGGUUACAGAAAAAUCCCCAUAUUUUUCAUGUACAGAACUUUUAAUCCAAUGGUUUACGGAAUUGGGAAACUGGCGUGAUGUAUUCUGGAAACUAUGGGCUACAAUAAAUCUUCAAUCAUGUAAACGUUGUGGUCAACAAUUUCCUAUCAUCGAAUUGGGGGAUGGUUGUUUCUAUCAUACAAUGACUUUUGUGCCAGCUCAGUCAGGUCAGUUAGUUAAUGAUACUGUUUCAAUGAAAAAAUCAUUUACAAAUAAAUUAGAUAAUUAUCAACUUGAUAAUGAUACUAAUUCCAGUAAUAAUCAAUUUAAAUCUACAUUCAAUAAAACAGAAAAUAUCAAAUCUCAUUGUGUAAAUGCUAAACCUCAUGAAUUAGUGUCAAGAAAACAUUCGCAGUCAAAUAUUACAAAUACUAGUUUAUCAAGACAUGAUAAACCUGAUUACAUCUAUCCAUGUUGUGGACUUGGAUUAUCAAGGUUCAAUUUAUUUCCAGUUCAAACUGGAUGUCAUAGAAGUGAACAUAUUUUAGAUGAAGAUAGUUCAGAUCCUGUAACGAAAUUAUGUAUACUACAUCGUGAAAUGUUAAUGUCAUGGGCUACUAAACGCCUAACCAAUCAAAAUAACACAUCUGCUUCAAUUACGAAUGGUGAACAGUCACAUAAACAUAAAAUUAAUUUAAGCCAGAUUAUUUGUAAUAAAGAACUUAUUUACAAAGCUCCAGCAUUUACACUCUUAGCCUGUUUGGAUAAACAACCUGAUCAAUACGACAAAUCAAAAAUGUCAAAUUUAUUUAAAGCAACAAUUAAUAGUCAACCUGUUGAGCCAAUAUUUGAUAUUAAAUAUGACGAUCAGAUAAUUAAAAUUAAUCAACCAAAAGAUAUUGAAAAUAGUUUAACACCGAUAAUUCAUUCUAAAGGUUUAUUAUCUUCAACAUUGCAUGAACGUAGAUGGGAUACAAAAAAAUGCAAUCGAAUUAAUCAAGAUAACCAACGCCAGGAAGAUUUACGUCGAAUGCAAAAAAUUAAUGAAUUUCUAUGUGCACAACGUCACAAAACAACGACGUGUUCUGAGAUGACCAUUUCUAAAGAAUGUCAAGCUGGAAUUUACACACGUUUAGAUUUACAAUGGCGUUCACAAUCUAGCUUGACCCCAUCAAAAUCAACAGUGAAUCAGGUUAUUCGAAAGCCUAAGUCGCAGGUAUCUUCACUUCCUUUUCGUUAAUUCACUACAUACAAACUUAAAUACAUUAAAUCAUUGUG